AUGUUUUGUGAUUCUAACCUAGAAUCUUUGGAGGAAUCACUUGAAAAGUUCUUCUCCAUGAAUGGAACAGAUGGUGGUGAAUGCAAAAUAAUCAUCAUUACUUCGGGAGGAACAACAGUAAACCUGGACCACUUCGGUAUCAGGUUCAUUGAUAACUUCUCAACAGGGACUAGAGGGUCUGAAAUAGCAGAGUUUUUCCUUAUGAAUGACUAUCUGGUGAUUUUCAUUUCAAGAAGGAACUGUAAUCUGCCAUUUCUAAAGUCAUUGUUCAAUAACGAUAAGCCAUAUCAACUACUCGAUAGCUUUAGCGUAACAAACGAUUCAAGUUUUAAGUUUGAACCAACUGAAGAGUUUAAGUCCUUGGUACUUAGAGACCUUAACUCAUAUAAACAGUACAAAUCAAGACUCUUUUUACAAUAUUUCACAACUUUGUCUGAAUAUAGAGAAUCAUUAAAUGUAAUAAUUAAGUGUUGUAAUAAGUUCAAGGAGAAUGUAGCAUACUGUCUGGUCGCAGCGGCGUCAGACUUCAAAUUCUCAUACGACUCUCUGAUGAAGGAAAAGUUUUCGUCCAAAAAUGUAGUUAACCUGGUUCUAGAACCCUUACCAAAAGUAAGGAAGAUGAUCCGGGAAAUCUGUGGUGAUUAUCCCAUGUUGUGUUGCUUUAAAAUGUCUACAAACGAGUCUGACGGAGAAAAAUCAUCCCGCGAAAUGCUUUUGAAGCCCACCGCAGCUGAUAUGGUACAAGCACACUCCACAAUUUACUCUAGGUCGUCUGUAACAUAUUCGCGAAAAGACUCACGAACGUGA